AAAUAUUUCGAAUUGGUGGUUAUUGUCCGCACACAAAUUAUCUCUUCCUCGGUACUUUAUAAAGAUAUUAAACCACUUUCUCAAAGCGAUUAUGUGGAUCGAGGAUUAUUUAGCGUGGAAACGAUAUCUUUAUUGACUUGUCUCAAACUUCGAUAUCCCAGGCGGGUCCAACUUGUAAGAGGAAACCAUGAGUCGAGGGCUGUAACCCAGACAUAUGGAUUUUAUACUGAAUGCGUUAGAAAAUACGGGUCCACGAACGUUUGGCAUUACUUUACCGAUAUGUUCGAUUUUCUUACAUUGUCUGUAGUUAUCAAUAAUCGAAUAUUCUGCGUACACGGUGGUCUAUCGCCUUCCAUACAUAGCAUAGAUCAAAUCAAGAUUCUUGAUCGAUUCAGAGAAAUACCUCACGAAGGGCCCAUGGCUGAUCUAGUUUGGUCUGAUCCAGAUCCGGACAAGGAUGAAUUCGCUAUUUCACCAAGGGGAGCCGGUUACACGUUCGGUGGUCAGGUUGUAAAAAAAUUUCUUGAAAUAAAUCAAAUGGAUCAUAUAUUACGUGCUCAUCAAUUAUGCAUGGAAGGAUAUCAG